UUCAGUGCGUCGCAUGUAUAAUUGUAAAGAAACGUUACCUACAAGGAUGGCUGUCUGGGUUUAUAGACUCGCUGUUUUACUCUCGAGCGUAACAUUGACUUUGCAACACGCGUCGUUUUCUGCAGACGCUAAGAACAUUAAAGUAGCACAUUUUUUUCGUCUUCGUGACCAUAGUCUCCGUGCUCCUCCUCUAGCAAGUUUGAAAAUUUCGGGUAAUGAAAUGAAGUGUCUAACACUCAGUGUUAAAAACGAAAAUUGCUACUCGUUGAAUGCAAGAAAGCAAGAAAACGAAGACGUGAUUUGCGAGCUGUUGAACAAUACGAUGUAUCAGCAUCCAAAUAAUUUAACACGAGAUGAAAGCAUUACACACUGGUUUACUAAGGUUCCAUGUGUUCCUAGUCCAUGUUUUAAAUCAUACACCACUUGCAUUGCCAAAGAUUCAGUUCUUGUGCCAUUCGCAUGCGUUUACAAAUGGGACUACAAUUUCGCCUUACGUAAACCAACAGCACAGUCUAAUGUCAGGUUUGCAGGUGGCGUACAUCUUUCAUCACACUACGCCGUUGAUGGCAUCAAAGCUGCUUCUUGUUUGGGUGAUCCCGAGACUACUGGGUGUGCUCAUUUGGACACUAGUCACAAUCAAUGGUGGCGAGUUGACCUGCAGAUGAAAAUUCCCGUAGGUAGAGUUGGCAUUGCAAACAGAAAAGAUUGGACAAACGGUUUAAAGAAUUUUGAAAUCAAAAUUGGUGACAGUUUGGAAAACGAAGGUCGAAACAACCCGAAGUGUGGAGAUCGACAUACAGUGCCACACAAAGAGUAUAAGAUCAUUUCUUGUUCACCUCCCCUCUCUGGUCGAUAUGUUGUCAUUCAAGGUUUCGAUUCUUCAAAUUUGGUCAUAAUAGAAGUUGAAGUAUUUGCAGCGGAAGUUGAAGUCAAUUAAAGGGCUACAAUUUUACAAUACAUAUAGUCAGUGUGCAUGGAUAUCAGCACUGACUGGACACAUACAGUGUCAGCACUGAAUGGAUUAAAGUAUUUCGUGCAUGGAAAACGUCUCUAAAUUAACUUUUCUAAACUUAGAACCUUUAACGCACUUUCGUCUUCACUUUGGUUGGGUUUUAGCACGUUGUUGUAUAGACUCUUUUUUCUCUAAGAUAAUUUUGGUGUCUUUGACAUCUUUGCAAGGGGACAGCUGCAUCUGCUACCUUUUUGUUUUGGUAUUGCCAUGGCAAUGACGGCAUUAUAACCAGAAGAUAACAACAAGCUUGCACGGUCUUUGCAAUGCUGUAUUAAUUUUAAUAGCGAAAUAAUUAUUAACACAUUAAGAGUUAAUGCAAUAUAUACUUAUUUAUUUCGACAAUUUAAAAUAAUAAAAUACAUAAAUAUACUUAAGAUAGCGAAUCUACAAUAAAUCAAUAUUAGGCAGAAAAAAAUUUUCAAAAUGUUUAA